CCUCUGGUGAGAGGGGCUGGGAUAGAGGCUAAGCACUCAAAAAAGCGGCGCCUUCUUUCGAAAUUUGAAAACUGACAGCCACUGCACUCGAUCGACUUCGCUCCGGCUCUACAGACUCCAGAUUAAUUAUGGCAGGCUUUAUUCUGAAAAGGUUUCUCGAAGCUUGUGAGUCCCGAGGACUUCUGAAGGUCUUUAAUAGUUCUUCCUCAUUGGAAAAUGAGUUAGAGAUGAUAUGGGAGGAUGUUUCUUGUUCAGCCAAUACUGUACAAAAGUUGUCCUCACUUGAUGCAAACUCACGAUAUACAAGUACAUGUAUUGGUGUGCCAUCCAUCGUUUCACUUCAGUCACCUCUACGUUUCUCAUCUGCAAGCCAAGGUAUAGCUGAGGAUGUCAGUGAAGUUGCAGGGUACGAAAGUGUCAUUGUUGGCACGUCAAGUUCAUUGCACAAGUCUGAACCCGAGUUUAAAUACCUGUUACACGAUCUCAAUGAAGAAGACUGUGAACCUGAGGCUAUUAUUUCGAUUCCUGGUGAUGCUGAGUAUCAAAUUGACAAGAUACGUGUAAAGUGUCAUACCGAUUCAGCAUUGAUUCUACCGGAAGUAUUUGAUGUAUCUACACCACGUAAGCUUGGAAGAGAAGAGGAUUUUGUGUUACCUGGUAACCCACUUAUUUGUAGCACACCGGCUGCUCAAAAUGCAAGUGUGGAGGACAUGAGUAACCACAGUAAUGAAGCCAAAAACUUGGCUCUAUAUAUUUUUUCUGAGAGUAGCGACAAAGACUGUGCUGGUUAUUCUCGCACGAAGCACAGCAAUGAAUCUGACUAUACAUGUAAUAAUGAAGCUGAAAUAUCUGCUGGAUAUUCUCUCCCUACUAUUGAUCAAUCAAACAGUGUUUCAAAUUCAAAUCCUCUUGUUACGUGUGCUGCAACUCAAUUCGUUUUGCCACAUGGGCGUCAUGUGAUUGAGAUCCAGGAGAGCAGUGACAGUGACUCAGACGAACAACUUGAGCAAUUGUUUACCAAUCUGAAAAUUCGGAAAGAGCAAAUGAGAGAAAAGUCAAUUUCAAGGAAAAGUUUGAGCGUGUUUGUUGUGAGUGACUCAGAGCAGAUAGAGAUCAGUGAUGAGGAGAAGGAGACAGGGCACACUCCUCUCACCUCUUCGUCAAAGACCACCUGCUGUCACAUGCCUACAUACAAUACUCCCACCACUGGACUCGCGUUCUGCAUAUCACAUGAUGAGAACUUGUUUGGGGGUCAGAAGAAGGCUUUCACAUGUGUCAAAAAGAGACAACCACUAGUUGAGAGAGAAAACUUCUUCUCUCCUUUAGUCCAGUCUGCGAGAUCAGUUCCCUCUCAUCCUUUGACUACCCCUUCCUCACACAAGAACUACCCACGCUUCAAGAACAUCAUGCUGAAAGAGCUCCUUGGAGUCUUCAAUAGAACUGUGUUUGAUAACAAGCUAGUGGAUGUUGAAGUCGUUUGGAGCAAGAAAUUGCGAACUACUGCUGGUUUCUGUAAGUACAAGGGUCUCUACAACGCCAGGGCCGCCUCGAUUGAGCUAUCAACAAAAGUGCUGGAUGAUUUUGACCGACUGAGAGAUACUUUGAUACAUGAGUUGUGUCAUGCUGCAUGCUGGAUAAUUGAUGGAAACAAGAGUGCAUCUCAUGGCCCAGUAUGGCGAGCAUGGGCGGACAAGGCCCUAGCACACCUCCCAAGACUCAAUCCUGUCACACGCUGUCACAAUUAUGAGAUCUCCUACAAGUACAUCUACCAAUGCCUCAGAUGUGACUUUAAAACUGGACGACACUCAAAGUCUUUGAACUUGAUUACAGCUAGAUGUCCACACUGUGAAAGUGAAAUGGAGUUGGAGCCUCGCCUGAAGAGUGAUGGGACGCCAUUCGCAGAGAAAAAGCUCACCAGAUAUGCUCAGUUUGUGAAAGAUAACUAUAGCACAGUGAAGGUGGCAUCUCCUACUGCAACACAUUUCGAAGUUAUGAAAAAGAUAAAUACUCUUUACCACCAGGUUAAGGAAAAACCUGUGAAGAUGUGACGAUGUAUGCAUAUAAUUCGAUGGGCAUUAGCAACAUUACUGGAUGUUUGUUUCAAUAA